CAUGUCUACAUUAGCAAAAGAUGAGAGUGAAUAUCGUUCUUCCUGCCUUUACGAAUAUCAGCAAUUCGACUGUGGAUGCGGAGAUGAUUCAUUAACAAUUCACUACGACCCAAAUGGUAUUCCCUACACAAUCCAGACUAGGCAGGCCGCUAAUGUUCGAGAAAGAAGGAGAAUGAUGAGCAUAAAUAGUGCUUUUGAAGAACUGAGAGUUCAUGUUCCUACUUUUCCAUACGAAAAACGGCUGUCAAAAAUUGAUACCCUCAAGCUGGCAAUCGCCUAUAUUGCACUUUUGGGCGACCUCUUAGAAGCUGACAUUCAUCCAGUUCAGUAUAUUGACACAUGUUUAAGAUCUGAAGAAAGAGAAUCGGUUUUGUGGAAUACAAGCGACUUAACCGCAAGAUUAUCAUGGAUAAACUGGCAAAAUUUAGGUGUGGAUGGGAGGCCCACAUUCGGGCCUUAUUCCUCAUAA